AAAGAGGACGACGAAGAAGAGCAUUCCGCGCGUUCCAUCCGUUGGGCCGGCAUCAAAACCAGGGAACAGUAUUUUCUUUGAAUUGCCAGUCGCGGAGAGAACAGAGUCGAGUUCAGUCGGCGAAGCAGCCGGACGUGCCGCUGAUCCAGCUCCACUCGAACAAGUCGUUCCAAGGCGACAACAGGAAACAGUCACCGACCAAAGUGAUAUCUUCUUUUUCUUAACUGACGUUUCGGCCUCCUCACGGGAGCCUUGUUCAGGGGAGCCAUGUCCAUCGAUGUAGAGCCAGGGACUUCUACCAUGUCAAGCACGCGCUCCGAAGAUUGGUCCAGUAGUUGGACUUCCGACACUCAAAGUCGAACGAACACGACGACCGGCACCAUGACCAGCAGCGCUUCUGCUGUCCCGUCUGGUCUACCGUCCGGUAUCACGCCGUCCGGUACCACGCCGCCCGGCAUCACGCCGUCCGGCAUCACGCCGUCCGCCAUUCCUCCACGCGCUCCACAGAACGUCAGGUUCUCGGGCACCGCGCUAAAGUCCCAGCCUAGGCCCCUCAUGGAUACAGCUGAUACCUCGGAUUUGAAAGCCCUCUCCGAGCCAAGAGGAAGGGAAGGCGCACUGUUGUCAUUCCUCGGGUGCAUCCAGGUCCUCCUGGUCAUUCUCUCCCGCAUGCUGUCGGCUCCUUACCCUGCCGGACUUCACGUCAACGCUGAAACUCCUCGAUCUACUGACGCCUCCGAGCAUACGCAGAAGCCGAAUCCCCCUCCUGGAUUUCCAAGGCCCGCAGUAGGUCACGUGGGCGCCCUCUGCAACGACUCCGCUCCUUGGCUGGGCGAGGCCGACGGCGUGGAGGGUGUCUGCCGCUGCCUGGGCACCGGCUUGAGCGUCGUGGAAGGUGUCUGCUUCUAUUCCACCACGCCGACGACGAAGACGACACGGUCACCGACGAGCUCAACAUCCUCCAGGCGUCCAAGCACGAAGAGCCUGCCAUCCAGCAUGCGGUUCUCGGUCGUGCGUACCGUACGCCUACGCACCACUACGGCUAGUAGUGAGACCGAGGCCGAGUCCGUGACCACUGAAGGCGGCGUCGGGCCGAACUCCUCGGAGACAGGUGGGAGGGCCCACGAUGAGGAGGACCCGCGUGGCCCCAUGGCGCCGAACGUCACUGCCCAAUGGGAGGAAGAGGAGGAAGCGGUGGAGAACCGUGAAGCGCGGGCGAAAAAAACAUAUGCCCGGGACCCUUCAGUUCGGCAACUUAACGUACGCGCAUUUAUGAGCGCCGAAACGUUGUAGAAUUUGAGUUAUGUAUAGUUAUUCGUCAAUUUUUCUCUUUCUUUUUUAGUAACUGGACCAAAGGCCUGUUUCUGUCGCAGGUCUUGGUUCAGUUUCUGUCGCAGGUCUCCAAAUAAAUAUUAAUUUUGUCGAAA